UAAAGACCGCAUUGCUCCUAAAUAGUAUGUGGAAGUGGGAAGUAUUCACGCUUGUGGUACUGAUCACUUUUUCGGCGGUAAAGUGCUUCUCUGAGAAAAUCGAUUGCUCCAAAAAUGGCACGCAUGCGGAUUUUUGUCCCACAGCUUGUCCAGAAACGUGUGAUUCCAUAGGCAAGCCCAAUUGCAUUUUGAUCUGCGGAGGUCCUUGUGUGUGCAAGCCAGGAUAUAUUGUCAAUCGAAUGAUUCCCGCCUGUGUACUGCAAUCUGAUUGUCCAAGAAACUCAUUACCAAAGGGUCGAGCCCGAAGACUAACGAAUUUCCAUUGCUUUAGUGGGGAAAAUACAUGCCCUCAAUUAAAACAUAGUAAUGCUAGGCGAAAGGUUGGCUAGCAUUUAAAGCAGAUAACAUAAUUGUGUACAAUUAUGGUUUCAAAUAAAAAAAUAAAAAACA